CUUUGAAGUUGAAUUUGGUGGUUCCAUUCAUUCAUUUUCUUUGAAUAUAAGAAACUUGGGGAGGUGCUUAGAAUAGUAUCACAAUGAAUCUAGUUUGGGUCGUUUCAAUACUCAUUAUCUGCAUACCAGGCUCCACAGAAGGGGCCUCAAGACCUGCUGCCGUGAACGUUGGAGCUAUGUGCACCGUAGGCACCAUCAAUGGAAGAGUCUCAAAGAUUGCCAUUGAGGCUGCUGUGAAUGAUGUGAACUCUGAUCCAACCAUUCUUGGUGGAACUAAAUUAUCUUUAACUUUUCAUGAUUCAAACUUCAGUGGAUUUCUAGGCAUCAUUGGAGCAUUGAAGUUCAUGGAGUCUGAUACAGUAGCUAUAAUUGGCCCACAAACUGCUGUGAUGGCUCAUAUACUCUCACAUCUUGCAAAUGAACUUCAUGUCCCUCUAUUGUCAUUCACAGCGCUGGACCCCACCUUAUCAAGUCUGCAGUACCCUUACUUUGUUCAAACUGCACCCAAUGAUCUGUUCCAGAUGGCUGCUAUUGCAGACAUGGUUAGUUAUUUCGGUUGGACAGAGGUGGCUGCAAUUUUCACUGAUGAUGACAGCGGUCGAAAUGGUGUUGCUGCAUUAGGUGAUAAACUUGCAGAAAAACGCCACAAGAUUUGUUACAAGGCAGCACUGCCACCUGACCCAAAAGCAACUAGAGAUGAUGUUAAAAAUCAGUUGGUAAUGAUUCGAAUGAUGGAGUCUCGAGUGAUUGUUCUACACACAUUCGCCAAAUCAGGUCUCGUAGUUUUUGAUGUCGCCCAGGAACUUGGGAUGAUGGAGAGUGGAUAUGUAUGGAUAGCUACUGCUUGGCUAUCCACUGUUUUAGAUUCAACUUCACCUCUUUCUUCAAAGACUGCCAACUCUAUCCAAGGUGCUCUCACUCUUAGACCACACACACCAGACUCAGAAAGAAAAAGGGCUUUCAUAUCAAGGUGGAACAAGUUGAGUAAUGGCUCUAUUGGGUUGAACCCUUAUGGUCUAUAUGCCUAUGACACUGUCUGGAUGCUUGCUCAUGCUAUAAAUUUGCUUUUGGAUCAAGGGGGCACCAUUUCCUUUUCCAACAUCACUAGUCUAGGUGGUCCUAAGGGAGGAGGGACUGUGAACCUUGGUGCAUUGAGCAUUUUUCAUGGUGGGAAGCAGUUGCUGGACAACAUAUUGCAAACCAAUACGACCGGCCUGACUGGUCCUAUAGCAUUUCAUCCAGAUAGAUCUCCACUGAAUCCUGCAUAUGAUCUCAUUAACAUAAUUGAAAAUGGAUAUCAAAGAAUUGGAUACUGGUCUAACUAUUCCGGGAUAUCUGUUGUGCCCCCUGAGACAUCAUCAAACUGGUCUUCUUUGAACCAACACUUACCCACUGUUGUAUGGCCUGGAGGGACAACUGUCAAGCCUCGUGGGUGGGUUUUUCCAAACAAUGGAAAGCAAUUAAGAAUUGGAGUACCUAAUCGAGUUAGCUAUCGAGACUUUGUAUCACGAAGAAAUGGUACUGAUAUAGUUGAAGGAUACUGCAUUGAUAUAUUCCUUGCAGCUAUAAAGUUGCUUCCAUAUGCAGUUCCAUAUGAGUUUGUUCUGUUUGGUGAUGGUCUCAAGAACCCGAGCUACUACGAGUUUGUAAACAUGAUUGCAUCAGGAAAGUUUGAUGCUGCUGUAGGUGACAUUGCCAUCGUCACCAACCGGACAAAGAUUGUGGAUUUCACUCAGCCAUAUAUAGAGUCAGGGCUAGUUGUGGUGGCUCCAGUUAGGAGGUUAAAUUCGAGAGCUUGGGCAUUCUUAAAGCCAUUUAGUCCACUGAUGUGGGCUGUCACAGCAGCUUUCUUCCUGAUCAUUGGAUUAGUCAUGUGGAUUCUGGAACAUAGAAUAAAUGAUGAGUUCAGGGGCCCUCCUAGGAAACAGAUUGUCACAAUCUUAUGGUUUAGCUUCUCUACCAUGUUUUUUGCUCAUAGAGAAAAUACGGUGAGCACACUAGGUCGGAUGGUGCUGAUCAUCUGGCUUUUUAUAGUCCUAAUAAUCAACUCAAGUUAUACAGCUAGCCUGACAUCAAUGCUCACAGUACAACAACUAGAAUCCCCCAUUACUGGA